UUGACUGUCUUUUUACAGCUUGUUGUAUUCCGCCACAAAGAGGUUACUGUUUACCCUGACGAGUCCAAGAAACCACCACUUGGCGAAGGUCUCAAUCGCCCUGCUGAAGUUACAUUGGAAAGAGUGUGGCAUGUGGAUCGCACUACUAAGGAAGAGAUAAGGGAUCCUAUAAAACUGAUUGAUCUUGGCUGGCGUGAUCGUUUGGAGAAGGUUACAGCUCGAAUGGGAGCCACUUUCAAGGACUAUCGUCCUACAACUGGAAGCUGGGUAUUUCGCGUUGAGCAUUUCAGCAAAUAUGGACUCCCGGAUGAUGAGGAUGAGGAAAACGCUGCGGUAGUACCGAAAGGCAAAAAGCCCGAUCUUUCCCACGAUGUUUCCGCCCACAACUUAGAUAUUUCCAUAGAGGAACAGCGUGUACAAUCGCGUGUCCAACGUGCUAAAGUGCUUCAGAUGAGAGCCUUGAACGGCGAAGAUAUGGGAGACCAUGAGCAGGUAGAGUAG